GCGAAGUCGAUAUGUCAACUAUCGUUCCAUCUUUUCAUUCCAAAAUGUUGCUCGUUUUUUGUUGGAAAUGAUAUGUGUCUCUCUUCAAAGAUUGUUGUUCAUGAAGGACAGAUGUAACCAUGUAACCCGAUCAAUCUGAAUUACUAGUACUGAAACACUGGGACUGCAAACUAGACAGAAGACAAAAGACUGGAGGAAGUAGGAAGGGGUGAAUUUAACGCCGUUUGACAGUACUCAGUGCUCUAUAUUCAUAAAAUUUUUAUGAAAAGUGAUAAGUUAGAGAAAAUUUACGGGAAACGAACCUGGUGUAGUUUUUCUGUGAUCAUAUAGUGCAAUUAUUAUUGUAGUUUACUAAUUUAUGCCGAAAUCGGGAACUUCAAAAAUGCUGGAAAUGUCCGACAUUUCCACCUGAUGUAAACAUUGUUCCAGUAAAAUAUUCAUUUUUUUAAGAACACCCUCUGCUGGUGAUCAUCCACGAAACCACCGAGAAAUACUUCGAUUCAGCUCUUUCGAUGUCGCGAUGUCUUUUUGUACAGAAUGCGCUGAAUAUAAAAUUAAUAAUAUCGCGUGUAAAAAACUUGAGGAAGCUGAAGAUAUUUUAUGGGUCACUGUUUUAGUGGUGGAAGAUCCCAGAAUAGAUUUCAUCAGAAAGAAAAUGCAACGGGUACCAGUGCUCUAAAAAUAACGCCAUAUGAGACAAACAGUCUGUGUUACGUGAAAGGACAAUCCGUUAAACUUGCCAGAAGUGGAAUGGCCACGUCAUUCUCUACUAUGAACAUUACGAAUCCCCUCAAAGGACUUGUGAGUAAAAGAAGAAACCGAUAUAAGAAGGAUGGCUUCAAUUUAGACUUGACAUAUAUAACCGACAACAUCAUAGCCAUGGGUUAUCCAGCUUCGAACAUCGAGGGUGUCUACAGGAACCACAUCGACGACGUGGUGAAAUUCCUCGACAAAAAACAUCCCGACCACUACUACAUCUACAACCUAUGUUCGGAGCGUAGUUACGACAAGGCCAAGUUCCACAACAGGGUAAAGAUAUUUCCCUUCGACGACCACAACCCUCCGAAAAUCGAUUCGAUUCAACCGUUCUGCAACGAUGUAAAAGAGUGGCUCUCCCGGGACGAAGCCAACGUGGCGGUUGUCCACUGCAAAGCCGGUAAAGGCAGGACGGGCACCAUGAUAUGUUGCUACUUGUUGCACAGCGGCAUGUUCGACAGUGCGGACGAGGCCCUAAACUACUACGGCCGGACGAGGACUCAGGACAAAAAAGGUGUGACGAUUCCUAGUCAAGUGCGCUAUGUGCGGUAUUACGAGACUCUGUUGAGCAACCGGCUUUUCUACACGCCGGUAUCGAUGUACAUUAAGGAAUUCAUUCUAAACCCAGUGCCCAAUUUCACAGGCGGCCAAGGCUGCCUCUCCUUCACGAUAUCGCACCAGACGCUGCUGCAGGAAGGAGAGAAGCUGACGCAGAAGUGCAAGAAACUCAGGAAGAACGACGUGUACGAAGUUAAGAGAAGCGACGCCCCAUUUUCGAUCAAACUCGACUACUGUCUGCCUCUGACGGGCGACAUCAAGGUCGAGUUCUUCAACAAGACUAUGAUGCGGAAGGAGAAGCUCUUCCAGUUUUGGUUCAAUACGUUCUUCAUCCAGGACCUGGACGUGAACGGGUUUUUUGACCGGAACGGGGGAGUGGAGGAGCUCUGCUACGUGCUCGAGUUUGAAAAAAACGAGCUGGACAUUGUCAACAAAAAGGAUAAGCAGAACAAGGUGUUCCAAGCUGACUUUAAGUUGACGGUACUCCUGCAGAGGAUACCAAGAGAAGAUCAUUGCUCUUCUCCUUACGAACGACCGUUUCAUGUUCAAGACACGCCAAGUGAGAGCUCUGCCGACUCCUCCGAUGACUACACAAACGAGGAAGAUGAUUGGGACAGCGGUGAAGGGAAUUCACUCUUGCCCAGUAAACCUGAACACAGCUGUGAUGUUAUACACAAGAGUUGAUCUUCAAUAUUUAAAUUACUGAUUUACUGUAAAAAGUUACACUAGAUUGUAAAGUUUCCUGUACUGUAAAUAAUAUAAGAAAUGUCUUAUUUUGUCUUCGA